AUGGCAGAAGGAGUUCUCUUUAAUAUUGUAGAACGGAUCAUUGUAAGGCUUGGCAACCGUGCUUUCCAAGAGAUUGGGUCGAUUUGGGGUGUCCAAGAUGAGCUCAACAAGCUCAAGGAGACAGUUGUCGGAUUCCAAGCUGUUCUUCUAGACGCUGAGCAAAAGCAAGCCAACAACAGUGAAGUCAAACUAUGGCUCGAAAGCGUAGAAGAUGCAGUUUAUGAAGCCGAUGAUGUGCUGGAUGAGUUUAAUACUGAAGUUCAGCGGAGACUAGUGAUGCAUGGCAAUACUAAGCUGUCAAAGAAGGUGCGUCUUUUCUUUUCUAGCUCAAAUCAACUUGUUUUUGGGUUAAAGAUGAGUCAUAAGAUAAAAGAUAUCAACAAGAGGCUUAGUGAGAUUGAAUCCCGUAGACCCAAGGACUUAAACAAUAAUCGUGAAGAUACAAGAUUAAUAUUGAGAGAGAGGGUUACUCACUCAUUUGUCCCUAAGGAAAAUAUUAUAGGGAGAGAUGAAGAUAAAAAGGCACUUAUCCAACUUUUGUUGGAUCCCAUCUCAACUGAGAAUGUUUCAACCGUUUCCAUAGUUGGAAUUGGAGGAUUGGGGAAAAGUGCCCUUGCCCAACUCAUAUUCAAUGAUGAGGUGAUUCAAAAGCAUUUUGAGUUGAAAAUAUGGAUAUGUGUCUCUAAUAUAUUUGAGUUGGAUAUAUUGGCAAAGAAAAUCCUAAAAGCUGACAAGCUUGAUAAAAAGGAGCGUGAUAAGGUGGACCAGCUUGAUAUGGAUCAGCUGCAAAAUGAUCUUAGAAAAAAAGUAAAUGGGAAGAAAUACCUACUUGUGUUGGAUGAUGUGUGGAAUGAGGAUCCACAUAAGUGGCUUAGCUUGAUGGACUUGUUAAGGGGUGGUGGAGAAGGGGCUUGUUUGGAGGGGGUAGCUGGUCUUGCUGAGCUGGCCACCCUUAACGAAUUAAGGGGAGACUUGGUUAUUUUUGAUAAUUUGAGGCACGAGAAAGAUGUGGUGUCAGAAUCAAAUGUUGGUACACCUCUCAAGGACAAACAGCAUCUCCAUUCGUUGGAAUUGUGGUGGAAAUUUGGAGAAGAUGUAAAGGCAGUUGAUGAGGUGGAUAUUAUAAAGUCAAUGGAAGUAUUGCAACCCCAUUCUAAUCUAAAGCAGUUGUCCGUGUGGUAUUAUGGUGGUGUGAGGUUUGCGAGUUGGUUUUCUUCUCUCAUUAAUAUUGUUAAUCUCGCAUUCUGGAAUUGUAAGAGAUGCCAACAUCUUCCACCCUUGGAUCAUUUGCCUUCCCUUAAGAAACUUCAACUUGGAUAUUUGGAGAAGUUGGAGUACAUAUCAGAGAAAGAGAGCAGUAAUAGUAUGAGUGAUGAGAUGAUGAGGAUCUCAUUCUUUCCCUCCCUGGAGACACUCUGCCUAGUAGGUUGCCCUGUUCUGAAGGGAUGGUGGAGGGCGCACACUCCUAAUCUAACUUCCAUCCCUCUUUGUCCAAAUGUGGAGAGAAUACAAGUCUGUAAGAGCAGCUGGAAGGUUGUUGAUUCCUUGUUUUUUAGAGGAGCAUCUGAUAUUACACAUGAUGUUGGUGUUGAUGUUUCUGCCUCUUCUUCUUCCCCUCCUCUCUCCAAAUUAACACAUCUGUCACUUGAGGAAAUUGAGGAUUUGGCUUCACUGCCAGAAUGGAUUCGUGGACUCCCCUGUUUAAAUACAUUGCAAAUUUCUGGUUGCCCCAAGUUAUGGGAAAGAUGCGGCAAAGAAACAGGUGAGGACUGGCCUAAGAUUGCUCACAUCCCACACAUUACUAUUUGGGAUUAA